AUAAGUCGUUUUUCUGGUAGUGAGUCUUGUUUAAAGGGUUUCUGGACUAAAAAUGAGACAUUUUAAGCUAGAAAUCAGACUACUGGUAAAGAUGUUUUGCAGUGGGUGUGAAUGGAUUAAUUCAUUUAUUUGUGCAGGGAGGCCGGAGCAGCUGAAGAAAUCCACGCCCACGAUUCGCCGUCAUCCCUCCUUCAGGACCGUCAGGGUGGAGCCUGCUGGACAACGAUGGCUGACACCAGGUCUGAGGAAGUAUUCCUGUCGACUCACCGUCGACACAAACACAGUCCACAACAAGAUCAAACUGUCUGAUGACAACAGGAAGAUGAUGUUGGUGGGGGAGGAUCAGUCGUAUCCUGAUCAUCCACACAGGUUUGAUCUCUGUGAUCAGCUGCUGUGUAGAGAAGUUCUGACGGGUCGCUGUCACUGGGAGGUCCAGUGGAGCGGACGUGUUUCUGUAUCAGUGAGUUACAGAAGAAUCAGCAGGAAAGGAGGCUCUGAUGACUGUAGGUUUGGAGGAAACGAUCAUUCCUGGAGUCUGGACUGUUCUCCAGGUGGUCGGGUGGUGGAGCCUGAUGCUGCUGCUGCUGCUGCUGGACCAUCCAGACAGGUCUGA